GUACCAGUGGCACCACCACAACAAAGUUGAGAAGAUAGAUAUUAAGAUGAAUCGUCUGACUCAAACUGACUUGAGUGAGUGAGUAGUAAGUGCACUCUUUUCGUGUGAUCUUGUUCUCUCCUUGUUCAUCUUCGUGUUCGUUAAUUUGGCUUUUCAUUCCAACACAAGCUGAUAUAUAGAGAUAGAGAGAGACUCACCGACACAAGCGUUUUCCACACCUCUCAACUACUGCUGCUACUCUCAUUUCUAACCACUAAUUUUAGACCCACCAAAAAAAAAAAAAAAAAAACCAAAGUUAAAAGCUGUUAACUUCGGCUUAUUCACACCGUAAUAAAGCAAAGCUUGGUUUUUCUCUUCGAUUGGCCUACUAAAUAUUUGGUGGAGUUGAAAAAAAAUUGGAAAUUUGACCAUGUUGAAGCAAUCUCCUAGCAGAAACCAGAGGCCAAAAGGGUUCAAGGUUAAGCAUGUUCUUCAGAUAUGUGUGUUGCUUGCAAUUUGCAUCUGGUUGCUCUACCAAGUGAAGCACUCGAAUGAUAAGAAGGCCGAGUAUGAAGAUAGCUCCUCGGAGAUAUCUCGAAAAAUUCAGAACGGUCGUGAUGAGAUCAUAACGCUUGGGAGGAGGGACCUCCGUCCCCUGGUCAAGGACACUUCAUUUGAUGCCAAAAAGCGUGAGGGGAAGGAAGAAGAUUCUGAAGAUGGGCCGGGCGGUGGAGAUGAUCAGAUAGAUGGGCAUGAUCAAGAGAGAGCUGAAGAGGAGGAAGCUGAGGGUGUGGAAGAUUUGAUUGAUGAAGAAGAUAGGGAGAGGGAUGAGGGAAGUGAAGAAGAAGACAAGGGAAUUGAUUUUGAGGAUGUGAACGUGUUGGAGGAUCAACCCCAGGAUGAAGAAGAAGGUAAAACUCAUAUCCGAGGGGCUAGAGAGGAACAUCACAAAGAUGAUGAUGCUUCUGGCUCUGUGAUGCGGAAUACAGAAUCCAUUGUUGGGAGCUUGAGAAAAGUUCAGGAAAAAGAAACCGAGAGUGAAAACGAUUUUGAAGUGGGGAAAGAAACCGAAAAAAAUCAUACCGAAGAUUUCGUAGUUGGUAUGAAAGAUUCAGAGACAAAAAUGCAUUACAAUUUCAGAGCUCAAAGUUACGGUUCUGAAAACGAUUUUGCUUCUUCCCGUUUAGACAAUGCCAUUUAUUCGACUUUGUUAGUCAAGGCUGAGGCGAACGAGCAGUCAAAAGUGGAGAACAAUUCAGCAAUGUUGCUUGCCAAAGGCCCUACUUCUCUCAAUGGAACCAGCAAGUUGAGAGAGUUGAUUCAUGAUCUAAAUCCAACUUCUAAUGAAAGAGAGGCAUACUUGCAAAGGCAUUCGUAUUCGACUCUUUCCGUGGUUGAUAAUUUCGAUGCAGCCCAAAAAGGAAAGGAAGUGCUUGAUGGUCCUCACUCCAUUCCAUCACAAGGAACUUUGCAAUUUGAUGGAACUGAUAAAAGCACUGAUGAGAAUGCAGUUUCCAGUGGAGAAUCUAAAAACCAAUGGGGGGUUGCAAUUGCGUAGUGGAGAGAAAAGCACUGAGAUACUGACAACAGAUGAGAAUUUAGGUGCUGUUGAAGAAGGAGAAGAAGAAAACUCAGUUGAUUCUUCGGAUUUUCACGCUCUAUCAAGAAGAUAGAGAGGAUAAUUCUUCUCUAGUGGAUGGUUUAUAAGAUUUAGGAAGCGGGAAAUUGGAGCAAACAACAUUGAUGCAGUUUCCUGGUGGUUUCUUCUUGUAUAUGUUUGGUCUCAUAAUUCAAAUAGGCCCUUGAUAUCCAAGUUAGAAAAAAGAUUAGGACUUUUUUGUUUCUACUUCAUUAAGUGUUUGAUAAAUUUAGAGGUAUCAGUUGGUUCCUAUUGAAUUGGUCUCUUACUCUCCCUUGAGGAUCGAACUAUUAUAAUAGUAAUGAAAAUGAUCAACAAGUGCGUCAAAAAAAAAA